UAACACAGUCUGUGUCUUUAACUGUCUGUCAUCAUUCAGUCAGUAUGGGGCUCCGUCAACUUCCUCUUGUGCUCUUGCUGAUUUCAAACAUCCACUCUGGACAAACUGAAGAUAUUCCCAAACCUACUCUGACUGUUGAGCCACAGAGUUCACUGUUCACUGGAGACUCAGUUACUCUGAGAUGUGAGGUAGAUCAAAUAUGGGAUGGAUGGGAGUUUAUCCGCAGUAGAGACUCAAACACUGAAUCUACUGAAGCUGCAACUAAAACAAUCAAUUCAGUGACAGUCUCUGAUGGAGGAGAGUACAGGUGCAGAGCACAAAGAAGAGGACUUUACACAAAUUACAGUGAACCAGUAACAGUUACAAUAUAUGAAAUACCAAAAGCCAAAGUGAGCAUUAAACCUGAUCAACAUGUAUUCAGAGGAGAGACAGUCACUCUCAGAUGUGACAUUGAUGGUGAAGGAGUCUCUAGCUGGAAGUACAGCUGGUAUAAAGACGGUUCAGACAGUGUUUUCAGUGAACUACAGGAACACACAUUCAGUUCUGUUACUGAGUCUGACGCAGGUAAAUACUCCUGUUAUGGAGCAGAGAGAGGAGGAUCACGAACAUCACACAUCAGUGAUGAAGUUACACUGACAGUAUCAGAUAAACCCGAGGCAGUUUUAAGUGUUUCUCCAUGGAAGUGGUUGACUGAAGGAGAUCCAGUGACUCUGAUCUGUGAGGUUAACGGAUCCUCUACAGGCUGGACAUUCAGCUGGUUCACUCGAACUGUUUCAUCAGAUUACAGAAAACAUUAUCAGCUGCUCUCAGACAGCAGCAGAGGAGCUGGAGGAAACUACACGGUCAGUUCUGCUGCUCUAAAUCACACAGGAGUUUAUGUGUGCAGCGCAGAGAGAGAAAAACCACCCUAUCUCACAUGGUACAGCAAUGAACAACCACUAUGGGUCACUGGUGUUUCUCCUCCAGUCUCUCUGAUCAUCAGUCCCAGCAGAACUCAACACUUCACAUUGAUCUCUCUCUCUCUGAGCUGUGAGGACCAGAGUAACUCUGAUAGAUGGAGAGUGAGAAGAUACACAGACAUUUGGGGUCUGGAAGAUUGUUCAUCAUCACGCUGGGGAUCACAGACAGGAUCUACAUGUACAAUCAGCUACACUGUCCCACCAUACACUGGAGUGUACUGGUGUCAGUCUGAAUCUGGAGAGAUCAGUCAUCCUGUUAAUAUCACUGUACACUCUGGUGUGAUUCUGGAGAGUCCUGUUCAUCCUGUUACUGAAGGAGAUUCUCUGACUCUACGCUGUUUAUAUGAACAUUCAACUCCACCAAUCCUCAGAGCUGAUUUCUAUAAAGAUGGAUCACUCAUCCAGAGUCAAACUACAGAGAUGAUCAUCUCUACUGUCUCAAAGUCACAUGAGGGUUUCUACUACUGCAAACACCCAGAGAGAGAAGAGUCACCCAAGAGCUGGAUCUCAGUCAGAGGAGUCUCAAAUGAAUCGUCUCAUUCAGAAUCUCAGAUCUCUGUCCUCCACACACUCAGUUCUGUACUGACAGUUUGUCCAUAUCUGUUAGUGACAGUCGUGCUUAUCUUCAAAUGCUGCAGGAUGAGAGGUAUAACAGCUGAAUGAUUUAUUACAUGUCAUUAUAAUCAUAUUUUACUGAGAAACAAUCAUUAUUAUCAUUAAUGCUGUUUGGUUGAAUGUGCAUGUGGUCAAAUUAACUUUUGUGUUUUUGUGCGUGAACCACUGUCCUCGUUUGACUUGCAGCUAAUGGUUGUUAGAUUCAACAUGAACCAGAAUUUCAAACCCUUGGACUUUUGAGUGAAACAGGAUAUUCAACAAGAAAACGUAGAGUAGAACUUGAUUUUACCCAACAGGAAUUGUUUGGCAUUACAUCAUUUUUUUCUUUGUAAUUGCUAAAACAUUGUAAGAUGUUGAUGACACAGUGACUCGAACUAAACUUUUUGUUCAUAAAGGUUUGGAAGCUUACUUUACAUUACUGCUUUUUCAGUUGAUUUUCAGUAUUAUUGAAUCAUGAAAGUUAAAGUUUAAUGUUUUUAUUUUGUUCUGCCUUAAUAUUGUAAAGUUCAAUCGUUUACAGUAUAAGUCUUAGUGCAUCUAUGUUAUGUAGUCCUCUGUGAUGAUUGCCUGAUUUAUAACCACAUGGAUGUGUCAUUUGUAAGCAUGUUUAUUCAUUAUUCUUUAGUGUAUUCUUUAUUCAUGACUUGUAUUGUUGCAAAGCUCUGUAGGUUUUUCAUAUUUUGAACUGUUUAUAUUUU